GUAGAAUUACCUUUUUUGUUUUAAAGUAAUCGCAGCUUUUGUUUUCUUCUCUCUCUUCAUCUUCCUCCUCUUUUUCUUCGAUCUGUAAAUAUCAGACUCAAACCCUAGCAACAAAAAUGGAUAUCCUUUAUGCCGUCGCCAGGCAAACUGACUUCUCCUUGAAGCUGGCCGAGCAAUUCAUGUCGACCGGAGACAACAAGAACGGCAACUUCGUGUUCUCGCCCUUACUCGUGCACAUUGCUUUGAGCAUGAUCGCAUUCGGGUCGGGCGGGCCGACCCGAAACCAGCUUCUGGACUUCCUCCGGUCCAAGUCCAUCAAUGAACUUGAAUUGCUACUUUCGCAGCUUUUUACCCCGAUGUUGAACGACAGAGGAUCUUUGGGCGGGCCCCGUUUGUCGUUGGCCAACUGCGUUUGGGUCGAUCGGAGACUUACCUUGAAGCCGGCUUUCAAAGAAUUCGUCGUGGAAUCUUGUAAGGCUACUCUUAAAAGUGUUGAUUUUCAGUCUAAGGCCAAUGAGGUAGAAAAGGAAGCAAAUGCAUGGGUAGAGGAGAAAACAAAUGGCCUAAUCGAACAAAUACUACCACCUGGCUCGAUUGACCAUUUUACGAAGCUUAUCCUUGCCAAUGCACUCUAUUUCAAAGGAACCUGGGUCAAUCCAUUCCACAAAAUGCUGACGAGUGACCGUGAGUUUUUCCUUUUGGACGGUAGCUCUGUUCGUGUGCCCUUCAUGACAAUGCAAAAGUCCCAAUACUAUCGUGCAUUUGAGGGCUUCAAAGUCCUAAGGCUUCCAUACAAGAACGGGCGUGAUAGCGAGCAAAAGUUCUCGAUGUACUUUUUCCUUCCGGAAGCCAGAGACGGCCUCCCGUCUCUAGUUGACAAGGUGGGUUCGGCUUCCGGGUUCGUAGAGCGCCACUCCCCUUACGAACUGGCGUUUCUAGAUAGCUUUUUUAUCCCAAAGUUCAACAUAAGUUCGGAUUUCGAAGCGUCUAAGGUUCUCAAGGAGAAGGGAUUGGUUCUUCCUUUCUCGCCAGGUGGCUUGACCGAGAUUGUUUGUGAGUUGAGUGAAGGUGAGGAACUUUACGUGGAGGGAUUGUUUUGUAAGUCGCGCAUAGAGGUGGACGAGCAUGGGACGGAGGCUGCUAGUGCUUGUGUUCUUUCUAUAAGUGGGGGUGGGUGUGGGUUUUAUGAGAGAAAGGAGUUUGUGGCUGACCAUCCUUUCAUGUUUGUGGUGAGGGAAGAUGUGAGUGGUGUGGUGUUGUUUGCUGGCCAAUACUACCACCCGGUUCUGACUAAUAAUCUUACAAGGCUUAUCCUUGCCAACGCACUCUACUUCAAAGGAACCUGGAACAAUUACUUCCAUAAACAACUAACAAGAGACCGUGAGUUUUUCCUUUCGAACGGUAGCUCUGUUCGCGCGCCUUUCAUGACGGCCCACGGGCCCCAAUACUGUCGUGCAUUUGAGGGCUUCAAAGUCCUAAGGCUUCCAUACAAAAACGGCCGUGAUAGUGAGCACAAGUUCUCGACGUACUUGUUUCUUCUGGAAGCCAGAGACGGCCUCCCGUCUCUAGUUGGCAAGUUGGGGUCGGUUUCCGGUUUCAUACAGUGCCACGUCCCUUACGAACGGGUGCUUCUAAUAAGAGAAUUUUUCAUUCCAAAGUUUAAAAUAAGUUCGGGGUUUGAAGCGACUGAGGUUCUCAAGGGGCAUGGAUUGGCUCUUCCGUUCUUGCCAGGUGGCAUGACCGAGAUGGUUCGGGAGUCGGGUGCCGGGAAGGAACUCUUUGUGACGGGCGUGUUUCAGAAGUCGUGCAUCGAGCAUGGGACGGAGGCUGCUAGUGCUUUUGCUAUUAUGUUUGGGGGUGGCCGUGGACCUUAUGAACCAAAAAUGGAUUUUGUGGCUGACCAUCCUUUCAUGUUUGUGUUGAGGGAAGAUGUGAGUGGUGUGAAUCAAACCCUAGCAACAAAAAUGGAUAUCCUUUAUGCCGUCGCCAGGCAAACUGACUUCUCCUUGAAGCUGGCCGAGCAAUUCAUGUCGACCGGAGACAACAAGAACGGCAACUUCGUGUUCUCGCCCUUACUCGUGCACAUUGCUUUGAGCAUGACCGCAUUCGGGUCGAGCGGGCCGACCCGAAACCAGCUUCUGAGCUUUCUCCGGUCCAAGUCCAUCAAUGAACUUGAAUUGCUACUUUCGCAGCUUUUUACCCCGAUGUUGAAUGAUAAAGGAUCUUUGUGCGGUCCCCGUUUGUCGUUGGCCAACGGCGUUUGGGUCGACCGGAGACAUACCUUGAAGCCGGCUUUCAAAGAAUUCGUUGUGGAAUCUUGUAAGGCUACACUAAAAAGUGUUGAUUUUCAGGCUAAGGCCAAUGAGGUAGAAAAGGAAGCAAAUGCAUGGGUAGAGGAGAAAACAAAUGGCCUAAUCGAACAAAUACUACCACCCUGCUCGAUUGACUAUCGUAUGAAGCUUAUCCUUGCCAAUGCACUCUACUUCAAAGGAACCUGGGUCAACCCAUUCCACGAAAUGAUGACGAGUGACCGUGAGUUUUUCCUUAUGGACGGUAGCUCUGUUCUUGUGCCCUUCAUGACAAACCAAAAGUCCCAAUACUAUCGUGCAUUUGACGACUUCAAAGUCCUAAGGCUUCCAUACAAAAACGGGGAGCAAAAGUUCUCGAUGUACUUUUUCCUUCCGGAAGCCCGAGACGGCCUCCCGUCUCUAGUUGACAAGGUGGGUUCGGCUUCCGGGUUCGUAGAGCGCCACUCCCCUUACGAAGUGGAGUAUCUAGAUAGUUUUUUCAUCCCAAAGUUCAAAAUAAGUUCGGCUUUCGAGGCUUCUAAGGUUCUCAAGGAGAAGGGAUUGGUUCUUCCUUUCUCGCCAGGUGGAUUGACCGAGAUGGUUCGUGAGUUGAGUGAAGGAGAGGAACUUUACGUGAAGGGAUUGUUUUGUAAGUCGUGCAUCGAGGUGGACGAGUAUGGGACGGAAGCUGCUGGUGCUUGUGUUGUUUCUUUGCGUGGGGGUGGGGGUGAUUUUUAUUAUGAGAGAUUGGAAUUUGUGGCUGACCAUCCUUUCAUGUUUGUGGUGAGGGAAGAUGUGAGUGUCACAUUCCACACAUUUUCUCAACUGAAUUCUCACUUACUAGCAACAACAAUGGAUAUCCUUCAUGCCAUCACCAAGCAAACCGACUUCUCUUUGAAGCUGGCCGAGCAAUUCAUGUCCACCGAUGAAAACAAGAACCGCAACUUCGUGUUCUCGCCCUUACUCGUGCACGUUGGUUUGAGCAUGACCUCAUUCGGGUCGGGUGGGCCGACCCGAAACCAGCUUCUGGGCUUUCUGGGAUCCAAGUCCAUUAAUGAACUUGAAUUGCUACUUUCGCAGCUUUUUACCCCGAUGUUGGACGACAGGGAGGCGUUGGGUGGGCCCCAUUUGUCAUUGGCCAACGGGGUUUGGGUCGACCAGAGUCUAACAUUGAAGCCCACUUUCGAAAAAUUCGUCGUGGAAUCUUGUAAGGCUACUCUUAAAAGUGUUGAUUUUCAGUCUCAGAGUGAAGCAUGGGCCAAGGAGAAAACAAAUGGCCUAAUCAAACAAGUACUACCACCCAGUUCGACUAAUAAUCUUACGAGGCUUAUCCUUGCCAAUGCACUCUACUUCAAAGGAACCUGGAACAAUUACUUCCAUAAACAACUAACGAGAGACCGUGAGUUUUUCCUUUCGAACGGUAGCUCUGUUCGCGCGCCUUUCAUGACGGCCCACGGGUUCCAAUACUGUCGUGCAUUUGAGGGCUUCAAAGUCCUAAGGCUUCCAUACAAAAACGGCCGUGAUAGUGAGCACAAGUUCUCGAUGUACUUGUUUCUUCCGGAAGCCAGGGACGGCCUCCCGUCUCUAGUUGGCAAGUUGGGGUCGAUUUCCGGUUUCAUACAGUGCCACGUCCCUUACGAACGGCGACUGAGGUUCUCAAGGAGCAUGGAUUGGCUCUUCCGUUUUUGCCAGAUGGAUAUCAUUCAUGCCAUCGCCAAUCAAACCAACUUCUCCUUGAAUCUCGCCCAGCAAUUCAUGUCGACCGAUGAAAACAAGAACCGCAACUUCGUGUUCUCUCCUUUACUCGUGCACUUUGGUUUGAGCAUGACAGCGUUGGGGUCGGGCGGGCCAACCCAAACCCAGCUUUUGGGCUUUCUCCGGUCAAAGUCCGUUAAUGAACUUGAAUUGCUACUUUCGCAGCUUUUCACCCCUAUGUUGAACGACAGGGGAUCGUUGGGCGGGCCCCGUUUGUCGUUGGCCAAUGGCGUUUGGGUUGACCGGAGUCUUACCUUGAAGCCGGCUUUUGAAGAUUCCGUCGUGGAAUCUUGUAAGGCUACUCUAAAAAGUGUUGAUUUUCAGGCUAAGGUGGCAUGACCGAGAUGGUUCGGGAGUCGGGUCCCGGGAAGGAACUUUUCGUGGAGGCAAUGUUUCAUAAGUCGUGUAUAGAGGUGGACGAGCACGGGACGGAGGCCGCUAGUGCUUGUUUUUCUUUGUGUGGGGGUGGCGGUCCUCCUUAUUAUGAACUAUUGGAGUUUGUGGCUGACCAUCCUUUCAUGUUUGUGGUGAGGGAAGAUGUGAGUGGUGUGGUGUUGUUUGCUGGCCAAGUGCUUAAUCCCCUCUCUUCUACUUAGUACUUUAGUAGUAGCAUUGUGUGGAGAUGAAUCAUGCAAUUUUAAAAUUAUCAUAUAUAUAUAUAUAUAUGUAUGUCUAUGCUUAGACAUAAUUAACUUGAUCUCCUCUCUACUAGUUAGCAGCAUGACAUGAAGAUGAUCAUGCAAUUUCACAGUUUCCAUAUGCUAUGCUUAAGACUUUGAAAAUGACAUAAAAUGUCAAUGUAUUAUUGUUAUUAUUACUAUUGUUGUUUUUAUUGU